AAUGUGAGAGAACGAAUCUCAGCUUUCUGCCCUGCUGCAUUUACUGAUUGAUCUGGGCUUUGUGAAAGCAGUGUGGAGACCCCGGCGAGAGGAGGCCAGUAGACUCUGGUGCCAUGGAGCUUCCCGGUUACAGCAAGCAGCUGCUGCAGCAGCUGUAUGCUCUCUGCAAAGAGCAGCAGUUCUGCGAUUGCACCAUCUUCAUUGGGAAUGUUCAUUUUAGAGCACACAAGGUGGUUUUGGCUGCUGCCAGCCUGCUUUUUAAAUCCUUGUUGGACAGCACGGACACCAUCUCCAUCGAUGCUUCUGUGGUGACCCCUGAGGAGUUUGCGCUUUUGCUGGAGAUGGUGUACAGUGGCAAACUCCCACUGGGGAAACACAAUUUCACCAAAGCUAUCUCCGUGGCAGAUAGUCUGCAGAUGUUUGAUGUGGCUGUUAGUUGCAAAAAGCUCCUCAGGGACCUCAUCAGUGGCUCUACUCAGGACCAGGUAGUGAGAGAAGUCUCCAGCCAGGCAGCAGACUCAUCUGGAAACCAUGCUGAAGCUAAUAACCUGCCCCAGUCUGAAAAACCUGAUGAAGGAAAAACAGAUAUCCUCCUCCCUAAGAGACUUUCCCCUUUUCCUGGCCCUGUAGAAGCAGAAAUGGAAGCAGAUGUUUCUCCUCCUGGCCAAGAACUUACUGUGGAUCACACCUGGGUUCACCAGGACGCGAUGUCGAGUGACUCCAGAUCCCUCCGGGAGGAUUCAGGCUCUUGUCCUGAUCAGCCUGCGCGUGCCGAGCAGGGUGGCUGUGUGGAAGAGGAGCUUGCUGAGCCUCCGGAGGAGAAAGGAGGAGCAAGGGAUUUAGCAGCAGAGAGCAAAAGCUGUAAACUGGAUUUCUUUCUUCGGUAUGAAAGUGUUUUCUCCGAGGCCCUUUCUGAUGCCCGAGCUGUGCUGAAAAGACUAGAAGAGUGCAGAGAAAUUGAUGCCUCUCAAAAGGAGGCUCUGGUUGCCUGUCUGGCAGAGGCAGGGGAACAGUCGGUGUUCAAGAAGCUGCUGAGCAAAGUGAAGGAUGCUCAGACCCUGGAUGCUCAGACCCUCGUGUCUUUACUGAAGCUGUUUCAAGACGCGAAUCCCAAGCUGAGAGCGGCUUUGCUGGAGAGGGAACAGGGCAGUGGAGAAGCCCUGCAGCAAACAGAGAGCACAGAUGAGGGAGAGACACUGACCGCUCGCUUGCUGGGACGCAGGGAGGAGCUGAUCCAGAGUGUGACACAGCUGAGCCCAAUCGUAGAGUUCUUGGAGGCAGCAGAAGUGGGAUUCCUGACCGCCUCGGAGAAGCGGAUAGUUUUGGAUUGCUGUGAAGGCGGCUCUCAGAGGGAAGCGAUGGACAAUCUGCUCAGGAAAGUGGAUGAAGAGAAAACCCUGAAAGCGGAAAGUUUGGUCAAACUUCUGGGAGCCGUGAAAGCAUCAUUCCCUGAUCUCCACCUUCUGCUAGACAACUUGGUGGCAACAGCAAACGUCUCUGAUGGCAAAGCCAAAUGGAGCCCGGAGGAUUACGGAGCCAAACUGUUGAGACGAUAUCGAGAAAACUUAGUGGAGCUCCUCACAGACACCCAGAUGCUGCUGCAGGGCAUCUCUGCUGCACAGAGCCUGGCUCCUGCUGAGAGAGAGGUAAUGGAGCAGGUUGUGAAGCGUGAGGCCGGCGGUUUCGCCUCCCUCGUGUCGGCAGCGCUGGAGGAGCGGUCUUUCUCGGUCUCUGCUGUUUGGCAGCUACUGCUGGCUGUGCGGGAACCUGCACCGCUGAACCUGCUCAUGGAGGAGAUCCGGAAACAACCCGGCGCGGAGUUUUUCUUCCAAGCAGUGGCCACCAGCGAGAGCACAGCCAUUGAGAUCAUCCUGCGGCACAGCAAGCUGAUCUCGGAGGCCAUCCAGCAGAGAGCGGACCUGGAGGGCUUGGCUCCGGGGGAGGCAGGACUCACAGAAGCAGUAAAAGAGCUACUGAGUAUUUCUGCUCAGAUGGAAAGUUCAGAGGCCUCCUUGAAAGCAGCUCUGAGCACAGCCCAGGAGAAGUCUGUCCCGGCCAUCAAGAUCUGUCAGCUGCUGUGCAAUGUCCAUGAGUCCUUCCCGGACCUGCAGCCAGUGAUGCAGGAGCUGGGACAUGUGGGUCUCUUGACUGAGGGAAGCGGGGAGAAACCUGGGAUCAGGAAGUGGAAGGUGAACAGUGAAUCCCAAGUUGAAGCUCUGGACAAAGAUGAGGACAAGGCAGGAGGUGCUGGUGCAAAGGAACCAAAGGAACCCCAAGAAAAAGCUUCUUCCAUGAAGAGUUUUGUCUGCAAAGCCUGCGAUAAGACCUUCCACUUCUACUGCCGCCUGAAGGUGCACAUGAAACGUUGUCGGGUGGCCAGAGGAAAGCAAAUCCAAUGUAAGGAGUGCAGCGAGGUCAAAUUGACAAAGAAGGAGCUGGAGAAGCAUCAGCUGGAGGUCCACGGGGUGGUGGGGACAGCCAAGAAGAAGAAGAAGAAGCGGCUCCCCGUGGCAUGUGACAUCUGUGGCCGAGAGUUUGCUCAUGCCUCAGGGAUGCAGUACCACAAGCUGACGGAGCACUUCGAUGAGAAGCCCUUCUCCUGCGAGGAGUGCGGGGCCAAAUUCGCGGCCAACUCCACGCUGAAGAACCACCUGCGGCUGCACACGGGGGACCGGCCCUUCAUGUGCAAGCACUGCCUGAUGACCUUCAUGCAGGCUUCGGCCCUCGCCUACCACACCAAGAAGAAGCACGCUGAAGGGAAGAUGUACGCCUGCCAGUACUGCGACGCUGUGUUCGCCCAGUCCAUCGAGCUGUCACGCCACGUCCGGACUCACACGGGGGACAAGCCGUACGUCUGCCGGGAGUGUGGGAAAGGCUUUCGCCAGGCCAACGGGCUCUCCAUCCACCUCCGGACCUUCCAUACAGACAUCGAAGAUCCCUAUGACUGCAAGAAGUGCCGGAUGAGCUUUGCCACCCUGCAGGAGCACCGCAAGCACGUCCACGAAGCCCACUCUCGGGAGUAUCACCCCUGCCCGACCUGCGCUAAAGUCUUCAGCGCCCCAUCGCUCCUGGAGCGCCACAUGGUGACCCACGUCGGAGGAAAACCCUUUAGCUGUGAGAUCUGUGACAAAGCUUACCAGCAGUUGUCAGGGUUAUGGUAUCACAACCGGACCCACCACCCUGAUGUCUUUGCAGCUCAGAAUCACCGCUCCUCCAAGUUCUCCUCCCUGCAGUGCAGCUCCUGUGACAAAACCUUCUCCAGCACUGCUGCUCACCGAAAGCACGUCAAGGCAGAGCAUGCAGAUGUGAAGUUCCACGAGUGUGAGACGUGCAAGGAGCUCUUCCCCACGCUGGCUCUCCUGCAGGUCCACGUGAAGUGCAGGCACUCAGGCUCUCAGCCGUUUCGCUGUUUGUACUGCUCAGCAUCCUUCCGCUUCCCAGGGGCCCUGCAGAACCACGUCACCAGCGAGCACUUCAAGCAGACGGAGAGCACCUUCACCUGCGAGCUCUGCGGGGAGCUCUUCCCCUCCCAGGGCGAGCUGGAGGGGCACUACAGCGCUGAGCAUCCCAAGGUGGUCUUCUCCCAAGCCACCACAGCCCAGAUUGUGCAGGUGAUUCAGACGUCGGAGCAAGGAGCAGCAGAGCACAUCAUCUCUUUCGAUGACACCCAACUCGCUGGCUCCCAAGUCUUUGUGACGUUGCCCGAAUCCCAAGUGAGCCAAACUGGCUCCGAGCUGGUGGCAGUGACUAUGGAGGACUUGUUUGAUGACAAAGUCACUCUGAUUUGUGAAGAAACCAAGUGAGAGUGAGUGGUGGGUGCCCAUGCAUGGUGCCUGGUAUCCACUAGACUCGUUCAGGAGCUGUACCUCAACGUGCUGCUCCAGCAGGGAGAUUCAGGGUUUCUUUGGGAAAGCAACCCCAGGUAUGUGACGCUGCAAAAGAAAUGGCGUGCAGCAAGCACAGCAUGGCCAAGGACAGGAGAGGUUUGUAGACAUUCACAACGGCCUGGGAAGUCUCCCUGCGGUCAGCAGCUGCCAGCUCAGGUGAGCUGGACCACCUAUCUCUCCCAGCCUAAGAGAAAUAAAGAAGCAGAGGAAAAGAUGGGAAUUGGAUGCGUUCGUGUGUGUUCCUCCACUGCUGUGAACAGAGUGGAGGGGAGGAGACUAGUGCAGGACAAAGUUGGGGUGGUGUGGGUAUGUGAAACCAAAGAAAAAGCUGUCCUGAGAAUUUGAGGUGGAGAUUUUAAUGGCUGAAUCAGUGAUGUGCUCGCAGGUAUCUGCUACUCUGCAGGGGGAGUAAGGGCUGCUUUGUUUCUUCCGUUGCUCUCCCCUGUACCGUUGUGCUGCCUCUUGUGCCAGCUAGAAAAGUCCUCCAGCGCAGAGCUGACAUUUGGACGCCUCUGCUCAAACAGAGACUUCUUGGAAGUUGUGCUAAGUGGCUUCGGAGCUGUUUAGGUAAUACCUUGUGUAGCACAGGUCUGAUCUCAUCCGUGUUUUUGCUGCGGCUGUCCAUUACGAAGAAGGGUGACAGGCAGGUCUGGGCAUCCACAUCCUCUUUAUGAGCAAACAGCCCGGAGAUCUCCCACCCUUCCUCUAAUUCACCGAGGACAUGCUGAAGCUGCCACAUCUGAGAAAGGAGAAGGAGCUGUGCCUGCAUGCCAGGGCCACUUGUUACUGGUACCAGUGGAUUGGCACUAAUGAAGGUAUUUCUGUCUGAGUGUGCAAUAGCUGCUGUGACUGCACACAGACGUUCCCCGUGGCACACAGGGCAUUGCUUUGUAAAAUGCAUUCAGAUACCUACUGUAAAGUUUCCUUCUCUGGUGCCAGCACCCACAACAGCUUCAUUGCAGCACACUGGCCCCUUUAAGGCUAAAUUUCAUAAAGCUUUUUUAUCUGCAGUUUCCUAAAAUAUAAUCUGAUAAUUAAUGGUUUGCUGAAGCCAUUAUGAAGUGCAAUUAGAUAGAUGCAGGGUUCCUGUGGCU